UGACAGAAGUGACCCUGUAAGUGACAAAUGACAACCAGUAAACAUAACCUUAGAUCACUUGUGAUUUAACAGUCUGCUACGUUUUGAAAAUAAAAAAAUAAAUAGUAAUUACAUAGGUCAGCCACUUGUGCAUCUCAUUCGUCAUGUCUCUCUUUCGAAAACCGAAAAAGACAAUCCAGCGUCGUGUCUUCACCGAAAACGACGAUGAAGAAGACAAUGAACCGAUGGAAGUUGAUGAACAACCCUGCACUGAUCGCGAACACAAAAAGAAAGAAGGCAAAACAAAGCACAAACAAAAACAACCACUACUUAGCUUCGAAACGGAAGAAGAAGGCGAAGUUUUCCAAGUUAAGAAGUCCUCACAUAGUAAAAAAGUAAUGAAGAUGUUUGAAAAAGAACGUCAAAAAAAGAAAGAGAUCAAGCCGGAAAAAGAUGCCACCAAGCCUAAGGGAAAGACAGAAAUCGUCACCGACGAUUUAGUGUUGGUAGUGAACCAUAAAACUACACAACCGUUGAUAUUGAGCGGUCGAGAUGCACUUUGUGCUGGCAAAGAUGAUCUUUCAUCAGAAGAUGAAGAACCCACAACACACAAAUUUUCAAAACCAGACAAUUUUAAGAAAGUUUUAGAAUCUGGAGCAAUUCCAGAUGCGGCAAUGAUUCAUGCUGCAAGAAAACGGAGACAACGGGCGCGAGAAAUGGGAGAUUGUAUCCCACUGGAGGAGGAUGAGCCUGAGGAUAAGGGAAGAUUAAUGCGUGAAGACGAAAAUGAUGGAAGUGACGAUGAGAGAAUUGAUAUGGAUGUAAACUUAGCAUUACGGGAUCAGGAAAGGCGACGGGAGCAAUUUUUGGCAGCACAGGAGUCCGAUCAGGAAAUUGAUGAGUGGGAACAUCAACAAAUUAGGAAAGGAGUCACAGGGGCUUCUGCAGCUUUGCCAAGCGAUCUUGUGUUUAAUGAAUUUCAAUCAGAAACACCACAACCAAUUGUUACCAUACCUGCUCAAGCUAUCGAUCCAGGUAUUCCCCGAACUCCACAAAUGAUCGCCGAUAAAUUGCGUGAGCACUACGAAAGUGUGUGCACAUCACGUGAAAACAACAUCAAAAAAUUGCAACAAACGCAACAAGACAUUGAACAAAUUACUCUGGAGUUAAACGAAUUAAAAACAAAGGCUCCUGUUGCCGCUGAACGUUUUAAAUUUUAUCAAGAACUUCGGGGCUAUAUUACUGAUUUAGUAGAAUGUCUUGAUGAGAAAGUAAGCGUAAUAGCAACUUUAGAACAACGCGCGAUGGAUCAUUUAGCAAAACGAUCGGAAUGGUUGAUUGAAAGGAGAAGACAAGAUGUGCGUGAUCAGGCUGAAGAGGCAACAAAUAAAACAGGUGUGAUGAAAGGACCAGAGGAUGAAGAGAAGAUUCGAAGAGCCGCUGAAAGGGAAGGGAGGAGAACGAGAAGGAGAAGAGCGAGAGAAAUCGGUGGACAGCCCAAACAUGUUGAGGGAAUGUCAAGCGAUGAUGAAAUCUCACAGCAAGACGUACUGAAUUUCGAUAAAGAACGCGAACAGCUGGAGUCUGAAAUACAAGUUGUGUUUGAAGACGUCGUCGAGGAUUAUUCUUCGGUGGCAAAUAUUUUAAUCAAGUUUGAAGAGUGGCGGGAAACAGAUAUCGCGGCGUAUAAUGAAGCAUAUGCCACACUCUGUCUACCCAAAGUAGUGAGUCCGUUAGUGAGGUUGGAUUUAAUAUUCUGGGAUCCUUUGAACGAUUCUGUCGAUAUUGAACGAUUGGAAUGGUAUCGAACAUUAGCGUUGUACGGGUUGCAUGACGAUGAGACGGAAACUACGUUGGCGCAAGACCCAGAUAUAAAUCUGUUGCCCACGAUCGUUGAAAAAAUCAUUAUUCCAAAAUUGACGCAGUUGGUGGAUAGGUGUUGGGAUCCUUUAUCUAGUUCGCAGACGCUGAAACUUGUCGGAAUAAUUACUCGUUACGUUCGGAAAUUCCCGACUCUUGGACCAGCAAGUAAGGCUUUAAGCAACUUGUUUAAUGCAAUUUUACACAAAAUGAAGUGCGCUCUGGAACAUGAUGUUUUCAUUCCGCUAACACCUAAAUUAAUCGAGAGUAAAUCGCCAUUUUUCCAAAGGCAGUUUGCUAGUGGUUUAAAAUUAUUAAAAAAUAUUACAAGCUGGCAAGGAGUUCUUAAUGACAAUACUCUGAAAGAGCUGGCGUUGAACUCGUUGCUGAAUCGAUACUUACUCAGCGCAAUUAAAUUUUGUUUGCUUACUGAUGCGGUAUCUAAAGUCAGUUUAAUAAGCCUGAUAUUACCAAGGAUAUGGUUACAAGGGAACACAGCAGAACUAAAAAUGUUUAACAGUAGUGUGUUGAAUUUAUCACAGCAAUUAGAUAAAAAUAACCCUUUGCAUUUAGAAAGUAUAGAUCUUUUAAAUAAUAUUCUUAAAACAAUACGUACCUAAUUGUAAAAUUUCUUUGUAUAAGUGUAUUUGAUUUUGUAAUUUACGGUCACCAGAUAAAAAGAGUAUGUGUGAGCA